ACAAUGGCGAAAGUACGAAAGCCCAAUUUUUCCGAGAAAGAGAAAUUACUUCUCCUGAGUGAGUGGGAGAAACGUCAGAAUAUUCUGAGACCCAAGUUCUCGUCUAAAAUAACCUCCCAGGGAAAGCAUAAUGCCUGGCAGGAAAUUGCGGACUCCCUGAAUGCCCAGUUUCCCUCCGUACGUCGAGAUGUAGCUGACUUACAGAAGAAGUGGCAAAAUAUGAACAGUAAGAUGAAGGAGGAGACAUCAAGGCAUCGUAAGGAUUCGUUGAAGACAGGAGGAGGACCAGCACCACCUGAUCUUUCUCCUCUAGACCAGAGACUGGUCACACUGGUAGGAGAGAAUACUCCUUCAAUAAUAGGAAUCAACGGUGGCUUUGAUAGCCUGGGUCUACUGUCACUACCAGAGGAGCAGCCGGCAGUGGUCAUAUUUUUCGGGAAAAAAACACAUGCCACUCAUGUUGGUGGAGUGCCGGAGCCCAUCAUCAGUCAGCAGCCUCGCCCGAUUCAGUCAACGACGGUGCCUAGAAAGAGGAGAGCAGACAUGAAUGAUGAUGAGUAUGGGAAGCUGCUGGUACUGGAGCAGAAGAGGAGUGAAGCCGAAACAAGAAGAGCACAGGUCGAAAUUGAAAAGCUAGAGUUGGAGAAGGAAAUGCUGUGUCUGCAAAUAGCAAUAUUGCAGCAGCAGAACUUCCAGAAUCAGUGA